CAACGAGUAAAAAGUGUUCUUACUCGGGAAGGGACAAUCAAAGCUCUGAAGGUGAAGGUUCAGAGGACCAAAAAAAUGACGGAUGUUGAGUGGGCCAAACACCGGAAGAAUGACAAACCAGAAAAAUUGUCGGAUGAAGAGUGGGAGGAUUGAAGGACAUGGCAACAAGUACAAUAUGCCUAUGUCUUGCAAAUAAUACUCUUCGGGAGGUUCUCGGUUUGACGGACCCAGUGGAUAUUUGGGACAAGCUGGAGAGCUGGUACAAGUCAAAAUCGUUGACAAGUAGGCUAUACUUGAAGAAACGAUUGUUUGGUCUCCAAAUGGCGGAAGAAGCUAACUUUAAUGGGCACUUGGACGAAUUCAACAAGAUUACAACAGAGUUGGAAUCCAUUGACGUGAAGAUUGAAGAGGAGGACAAGGCGCUGCUUUUAUUGGCUUCAUUGCCUUCAUCUUUUGACAACAUCGUGACCACGCUCUUGUUUGGAAAAGAGACCUUAAAAUUUGAUGAAGUAGUUGCUGCGUUGUUGAUGAAUGAGACUCGGCGGGGUGGCAACGGGGUAUCAAAUGAUGGUCAAGCUUUGGUAGCAAAAAGAGCUGGUCGGGAACGAGGACGGUUUAAAGAGAGGGGCGGCACAUCCCAACGCUUCAAAUCGAGUAGUAAAAGCUUUCGGUGUGACUACUGCGAUGAAGAGGGUCAUUUCAAAAGGGAUUGUCCAAAGAGGAGGAAGGAAAAGAAGGACGUGAAAACACCUGUGACUGCGGUUGCAGAAAGUUCGAACCAAGAAAGUGAAGAAGACUUAUUUUUGGCAACCGCAAAGAGCCUAGGUAAAUCAGAUUGGAUAUUAGAUUCGGGUUGGUCGUUUCACAUGUGUUCAGUUAAGGAAAAGUUUGAUACCUAUCAAACUUGUGAUGGGGGUGCUGUGAAGAUGGCAAAUGGUGCACUGAGCAAAAUUGCUGGGGUCGGAACAGUCCAAGUUCGCAUGUUUGAUGGCGUGGUGAGAACAUUAACUGGAGUGAAACAUGUACCGGUUCUGAAAGGAAAUUUGAUUUCUUUGGGGGCUUUAGAUUCAGAAGGCUGCCGAAUUUUUGCUCAAGGUGGAGUGUUAAAAAUCUCUAGGGGAGCAAUGGUAGUAGCAAAAGGAGUUUUGUCAAAUGGCUUGUAUAAACUUGUAGGAAAAGAUUUGGCACGAAAGCUAUCAGAAGGAAAAAUUACAAGUGCAACAAGCAGAGCAUUUGCAUGGAAGAAGCGGGUGAUGUUUGAAGCUUCUCAGGUUGGUGGAGACUGUGACCUUGCCGGAACGAGCGAGGUGGAGCCGGACCAUGCCAUGCAAGAAGGGCUCCUCCACAUAGAUCUUACGACCAAUUCCUUUGAUACCUUCAAGGAAGCUAUGGUCUGGGCAGGGAGGUACGAAGAAUUGGAGCUAAUGAAAACUCCUCUAACGGGGUUCACCGGAGAUUCCAUAGAACCAAAAGGUAUCAUCACCUUGCCCGUUGAGGUGGGAGACACUAAGGCAAAGAAGCAGCUGAACAUGGAAUUUGUGGUGGUUGGUAUAGUCUCCAACACGAAUAUUAUAUUGGGAAGGCCUGGGCUGGAAGAUUUGAAAUGUAUGAUCUCGUCCAGGCAUCUGUGCAUCAAGUUCCCCACGCCACAGGGGGUUGGAGUGGCCAUAAGAUCACAGAGAGUAUCCCGAACAUGGUACCUCAAGGCAACGAAACAACCCAUGAAGUAUGAUACCCAGGUGGGUGGGGUAACCUCCCUGCUACUGAAGGCGGAAGAGAAGCGCCCCCCAGGUGGAAGACAAAACAUCCAACCGGGUUAGGGUACAAAGUGAUAAAUGUUGAAAUUUUGUAACUCCUACCGGUUAAAAUGUCAAGGAAGAUACAAAGAAAGGAAAUUCAAAGGU